AGAAAAAACAACGACUCGGAGGAAAAGAAGGAAUUGCGAAGCCCCUACAUUGCUCAUACAUAUUUAUAAUCUUUGAUUAUGUUAAUACUCUUGACCCUUUAAUUUAGGUGUCUGGACAACCUCUGUUUUCAGGUCAAUACAAGAAAGCAACAAAGAUGGAGUUCAAGGGCAGUGCUAUUAGAAUUCGAAGUUGUGCACGUGAAUUGUUGUCCAUACGUGAUGACUUGAUGGAUGAUGAUGAAUCAUGGGAUUUCUUCAGGAGAAAUCUUGAGCUUAAAUCAACAUUCUUGUACUGUGACUUAAGCAAAGUGAUAUCGGGCGCUCCGCAUGAUCAGAAGAAAUCUCUAACCAAACUGGGAAAUAGAUUAUUUUGCUUGAUCGAAGAGUUAGAUGAUGCGGUGAAAAUACAGAGCAUCUCGCAAGCACAAAACCGAUUCAGUGACCUUGCUCUUGUGUUGGAAGAAGUGGUUGCUAUGGAUCUCAUGCCUCCACCCAUGGACUCGGAUGAUUGAAUGUUCAGGGUUAUAAACCCGUGAGCUAUGUGUAUACUGUAAACGUACUUAAGCUAUCUAGUUAGCAAAGGACAUGCAACUGUGUAACGUUUUUUAUCCUAAUUUCCGAAGCACUCUAAAAGAUUAAUACUAGUAAGAUUU